AUGUUAGAAUUGCUAGAAGCAACGUAUUUGAAACGCUGGAUUCGAAAUGAUAACUAUGAUACUCCAUCUAAUUGGGUAGAAGGUGAAAAACCCUGUCAAAAUCAAAGAGCGGUAUUUCCAGGAGAAAUCGAAGGGGCCGUUAUAUUACCUGCCGAAUCAAUUGAUGUGUCAGAAAUUAUAUUGCCUAUUUCAGGAGAAUUAUUGCUGCCAUCCAUUGGUGAACUUAUUAUCAAGGAACCAAACCGAAAUGAAGAAAAUUUUUGUCCUAGUGGCGAUAAACACUUUAGACGUUUAAAACGAUGGUUCUGGCUAGAUCCAAAAAAUUGGGAUCUGAUGUCAUCAAAUGAAGACCAACUGAAAGAAUCGUGGUAUUCGUUUCCUGAUGCUGAAAAAAUUCCAUGCCAGGCUGAUGUCGCUAUCUUUGAAGGAGACAGUGGAUUCGAAGUAGUUUUACCGCAUACUUUUGGUUACUCAAUAUCCGGAAUACAAAUUAAUUCGGUUGAUUUAUACGGAAGCGAUUGGGAAAGAUUUAUACGUUCCGAAGUAGGCGGGCGCAUGUUUCGAAAUACGGAUUCGGAAUCAACUGAGGGCCUGGAUACAUUCAUGAAAGUCUUCAGUGGACAAUGCAACGACCCUUCAGGUUGCCUCUGUCACCCUAAGGCGUCAGUGCGCGCCACUCUCAUGCGACAUAUGAAGAACUCGACCGUUUGCGAAUUACCAAACUGCGUCCAACCAGUGAAGCCAAUAGGAAAUGUGUGCAGCAUAUGUGGAGCGGUACUGCAAUUUGAUUUCAUUGAUGUAAGAACAUUUAAAUUAAACGAUUUUCGUAAAUCGCUAACUUCGAUUGUAAAAGAAAUAUCACGCAAUGGUGAAUUAAUUGCAUAUGCCAGCAAGGUGACGGACAAUGAAGAUCCGACUGUUGAGGCAGAAAGACAGUUCAUACAAGUGGUGUUAACUGAUGGACCUGAAUAUAAUGAAAGAAGCAUCUAUAGCGCUGCGGAAGUUCAAAGAAGAAUUAUUGGUGGUAAUUGA